AUGGUGCUUUUGGCUGCUAUUGAUCAAGGAACCUCGUCCAGCCGAUUUUUGGUUUUUGAAGCGGAUACUGGAGAAUUGGUGGUUAGCCAUCAGGUGGGUGAUUUUUGGCGGGAAAUUUUGAUUUUUCGAAAAAUGUACUGUUUCAAAACUUUUUGGCCUAUUUUGAGUUCUCAAAUUUGUUAUUGUGAUCGGAUUUUCUUUCGAAAUAAAUUGAAUUCAAGAAUUGUUAUCCAGAAAGUUCAAAAAUUCAAAUUUCUCAAACAAAGUAUGAUUUUUUCGCUGCAAAAAUUUGGAUUUUCCGAAAAUUUGAAUUCUAGCGCCAAAAGUUGAUCUACAGUAACCUGAAUCGCUUCGGGACCUCUGCAAAAUUCAAUUUUUAAUCGAAAUUUCAAAUUUUUUCAUCUUGAAAAAAUUUCACUGUUUCAAAAAAUGCAGAAACAAUUUUUGGAAAUCUGAUUUUCUUGAAUAUUUCAUUAAACAAUAUCAAAAAAAUUCUGGAAAACUAUUUUUUUUGAAAGAAAAAAUUCACUGUUUCAAGAUUUGAAGAAAUUAAUUCGGAUAUAAAUUCUUCCGUUUCACCGUUGUUUUUCCUUCAAAAAAUUUACUGUUUCAAAAUUUUGUGGCCUAUUUUGAGUUCUCAAAUUUGUUAUUGUAAGAUCGGGAAAUUUGUUAGAUCGGGAAAAAAACGCCAAAAGUUGAUCUACAGUAACCUGGAACGCUUAGGGACUCAAAGACUUGAAUUUCUCCGAGUUUUCGCGUUAAAAAUUUCAUAUACAGUAACCUGGAUCGUUCCGGGACCUCUGUAAAAUUCAAUUUUUUAUCGAAAUUUCAAUUUUUUCAUCUUGAAAAAAUUCACUGUUUCAAAAAAUUCAGAAAUAUUUUGGGAAAUCUGAUUUUCUUGGUCAAUUCAUGAAACAAGUGAAAAAAAUUCUGGAAAAUUAUUUUUUUUUUUGAAAGAAAAAAUUCACUGUUUCAAAAUAUAAAGAAAAGAAUUCUGAUAUUAAAUUUUUCGUUUUGCAUCUGUUUUUCUUCCAAAAAAUUACUGUUUCAAAAAAUUGAGAAAUAUUUUGGGAAAUUUCGAAUUUUUUCAUCUUGAAAAAUUCACUGUUUCAAAAAAUUCAGAAAUAUUUUUGGAAAUCUGAUUUUCUUGAUUAUUUCAUAAAACUAUUGAAAAAAAUUCUGGAAAAUUAUUUUUUUUGAAAAGAAAAAUUCACUGUUUCAAAAUUUGAAGAAAUUAAUUCGGAUAUUAAUUUUUCCGUUUCACAUCCGUUUUUCUUCCAAAAAAUUACUGUUUCAAAAAAUGCAGAAACAAUUUUUGGAAAUCUUAAUAUUCAAUAAAACUUUUACUGACGGAAGUUCAAUAAAAUAUUUUUCUGCAGAUCGAAGUCCGUCAACUUUUCCCCGAAGCCGGUUGGGUCGAAAUGGAUCCAAUGGAACUCUACAACACUGUAGUCACCUGUAUCAACAAAGCCAUCGAAAAACUCGAAAAUCUCGGAAUCUCGGCUGACGAAAUCAAAUCAGUGGGUGUGGCGAAUCAAAGGGAAACUACAAUUGUUUGGGACAAAACGACUGGAAAACCAUUGCAUAAUGCAAUUGUUUGGCUUGAUACAAGAACUAGUUCGUUGGCUGAGGAAGCUAUUUCAAGAACUGUUACAAAGUGGGUUUUUGGGAGGAAAAAUUUGGAUUUUCAUAAAUUUUUGAGUUAAAAACUUUCUAGACACGGCUCCUUGAAAACUAGGGUUUCCCGGCGCUGUUUCUUGAUAAUAAGGAUUUCUAGGCGCGGCUACUUGCCAGAGGGGAUCUCUAGAAGCCAGCCCUAGACAUAUAGGUUCUUAAGGCGCAGCUCCUUGAAAAUUGAGUUUUCUAGGCUCGGCUCCUUGCCAUAGAAGCUCUCAAGGCGCGGCUCCUUGAAAAUUGAGCUUUCUAGGCGCGACUCCUCGCCAGAGGGGAUCCCUAGACGCCGCUACUAGACACAUAGGUUCUUAAGUCGCUGCUACUUGAGAACUACGUGUUCUAGGCGCGGCUCCUAGACAAUAAGGUUCUCUAGGCUCGGCUACUUGCCAUAGAAGUUCUCAAGGCCCGCCUACUAGACAACAAGGUUCUCUAGGCUCGGCUACUUGCCAGAGUGGAUCUCUAGACGCCGCUCCUAGACAUUACUCCUAGACAGCUCCUAGACACUCCUAGACACUACUGUUCCUUAGGCGCGGCUACUUGACAUAGAAGCUCUCAAGGCGCGGCUCCUUGCUUGCUAGCACCACUCGGUGCAGCUUCUAGACAAUAAGGUUUUCUAGGCUCGGCCACUUGAAAACUAGGCUUUCUAGAUUUGACUAAAAUUUUCGAAAAAUUUAAAUUCAAAAAAUUCUUGAAAUAUAUGAACCUGAAAUUAAAUUUUCAUUUUUCUUCCAGAAACAAGGACGAAUUCAAAGCUAAGACCGGACUUCCGAUUCAUCCCUACUUCAGUGCUUUAAAACUCAAAUGGCUUUUCGAAAAUGUCCCAGAAGUUGAAGAAACUCAUCAGAAAGGAAACUUGAUGUUCGGAACUGUUGAUACUUGGCUCAUCUGGAAACUAACCGGUGCCUACGUCACCGAUGUUUCAAACGCCUCCCGAACUCUUCUUCUCGAUUUGCACAAACGCAAAUGGUCCACCCAACUCUGCGACUUCUUCCAACUUCCAAUCGAUAUUCUGCCAGAAAUCCGAUCAUCUGCCGAAGUCUACGGAUUCUUUGAAGAGGGACAUUUGAAAGGAGUUCCACUUUCUGGAUGUUUGGGAGAUCAACAAUCGGCAAUGGUUGGACAUCAAUGUUUGAAUAUGGGACAAACCAAAAACACUUAUGGAACUGGAACUUUUAUGCUGUGCAACAUUGGAACCAGGCCAAUUAUCUCGAAAAAUGGGCUGUUGACAACUGUCGGAUUUCAAUUUGGUCCCGAUUCUCCGGUGGUCUACGCGCUAGAAGGUUCGGGUUCGAUUGGUGGAAAUGUUGUGCGAUUUCUCCGAGAUAAUUUCAAAUUUGUCAAGGAUGCGCAAGAGAUGGAGGAACUAUGCCGGAAGGUUGAGGAUACGGCCGGCGUGUUUUUUGUGCCGUGCUUCACUGGGCUCUACACACCUUAUUGGGAUUCGACAGCUCGUGGAACUAUUCUGGGACUCACCCAGGUUUCUCAAAGAGAGCAUAUUUGUCUAGCUGCUUUGAGAGCUGUUGCAUUCCAAUCUGCUGAAAUGAUUGAUGCUGUGGAACAUGAUAUGGAUCGAACUUUCAAGAUUAAAACUUUGAAAGUUGACGGGGGAAUGAUUGCGAACACAUUGUUCAAUCAAAUUCAGGCGGAUAUUUUGGGAUGUGAUAUUGUGACCCCCAAAGUUUGCGAGAUUUCUGGAUGGGGAGCUGCGAUUGCGGGUGGAAUUGGUGCGCAACAAAUCAGUUUGGAUGAAUUCUUGAAUCAGAAUUCGGAAGCGGUGAGAUAUGAAAGUGAAAAAGAUGAGGAAUGGCGGGAAAAGGAGAAUGGAAAAUGGAAGGAAUCGGUGAAACGAGCUUGUGGUUGGGCGAAAAUUGAAUAG